AUGAUUCAGGGAAAUGCCCUGCCGCUGACAGCAUUUGCAACAACUGUGGUCGUCACGGUCAUUGGGCAAGGACAUCCAAGUGUCCUGCACCUCCGGGAGUCUCCGCCGCUGGACACCGACAGGACUCUUCAGGAUCUUCGAGCCGCAGCAAGAGUGGACCCUUCAUACACUCGCCUUCUGGACUGCGUUUCUUCAGGAUUCCCUUCCAACAGAUACGAUCUCCACAGCUCUCUGCUCCCAUUCUGGAAGAUACGAGACAACCUUUCCAUUGACGGUGAACUCGUUUUAUAUGGAGCAAGAGUUGUAGUUCCUGCUGCCCUCCGCCGCCGCACCCUCUCUUGUCUACACGACAGCCACAGAGGUGUAGAGUCCACGAAGCGACGGGCAAAGCAGACUGUCUUUUGGCCUGGUAUAGACUCGGACAUCACCAGUACUGUCCAUGCCUGUGAGUCUUGCCAAAUGUUUCAGCCUAGUCAGCAGCAGGAGCCCCUCAUGUGCGAUGACAACCCCACACGGCCCUUUGAGUCCAUUUCAGCAGACUUCUUCACAGUUGCAGGGAAGUCCUUCCUGGUCAUUGCUGAUCGACUCUCUGGGUGGCCUGUCCUCGUACCUUGCAAAGGUGACACUACCGCCCUCAACACCAUCAGGUUCUUCUGCCGCUACUUCCGAGAAGUUGGUGUUCCUCUCCGUCUACAGACUGACGGAGGACCACAAUUCACCAACAAGGAAUUCCGGAAUUUCGUGAAGCGGUGGGGAGUUUUUCAUGUGGUUACUUCGCCACAUCCACAGUCGAAUGGUCAUGCCGAGGCUGCCGUAAAGUCAUUGGAACACCUUAUCCUCAAGACAGCACCCUUAGGCAACAUUGAUUGUGAAGACUUUGACCGGGGUCUCUUGGAACUCCGGAACACUCCUAACGCUACAGGUCGCUCCCCAGCCCAGAUCCUGUAUGGUCAACCACUUCAGUCAUGUGUACCUGCUCAUCCUCAGUCCUUUCUGAUGCACUGGCAAGAGAAGACAGAGGACUGUGACCGCCGUGCAGCCGCCCGUGCUGAGGCAGUGAAGCUCCAGUACGACCAGCACGCACGACCCUUACCCAGGUUGAAUGUCGGACAGCACGUUCGGAUUCAAGACCCGGCAUCUCACCGCUGGGACAAGGUUGGGGUCGUCAUGGGCUGCGGCAGGUCACGGGAUUAUGAGAUCCGUCUACCCAGUGGUCGGGUAUGGUGGCGGAACCGCCGUUUCCUUCGCCCUGUGCCGCCCCCUGGUGAUGACUCCCUUCCUCAUAUCCCUGUGGACCCUUGCUUGGACCUUGAAAAGCAGUCCACAUUCAGUAACCCCCAGCUGACCCACGUCGUCUCUGAGACUCCUAGAGAAAGAGUCCGCUCGUAAUUGUACUACGAGCGUGAGGGGGGAGGGAGGUGUAGAUAAGUGAGAACUCAUACAGUGUGUUUAACCUGCACAAUAUAAUCUGUACUUUGUCUACCCUGUAUUUCUGUAUAUAUUGUGUGUAUGCAUAACUGCUAAUGCAAGAUGAUGUUCCUGUUUAUUGAUGUAGCCUCCCAUAUCUCUAUAUUUAUUGCGCAUGACGUGGCAACAUUCUCCUUGAUCACGUGACUAUCAACAUUGCCUGUGAGCGGGGUUUCCCGCCAAAUUUCGAUCUCUCGGCGCUGGUCAACCAUAGGAGACAGAUGUGUGCUCUCGCCCCCCAUGUAACUCCUGAGAACAGAACCUACUAGAUUCAAGAUUGGUGUUUCCUUCUCCUGUUGAUUACGAGGAACAUCCCCCAACCCAAGAAGAAAUAUAAAACUUUCUCCAUUUCUCUCUCUCUCUCUCUCUCUCUCUCUCUCUCUCUCUCUCUCUCUCUCUCCUCUCUCUCUCUCUCUCUCUCUCUCUCUCUCUCUCAAACUUACCCUCUUCUACCCAAAAUAUGCUCAUGAUUUACCUUCAUAACCUUAGUAUACCUUAAAUAUUUACCUUUCAACAUCAUCACCAAUCUAUUCAGGAGUUACUCUAAAUCUCCUUCAACAUCUACCACAUCUUCCAUGGACUGACACCAAAAUCUAGUCAAUUUCUUCUGUAAUCUCAGUAACUUUAUGUAAUUUUUUUCUAGUCAUUUACCACUUCUUCUUCUUCUUCCUUUCCCUCUGCUUCUUCUUCUUCUUCUUUCUGCUUCUUCUUCUUCUUUUUCUUU